AUGUGCACUAUCGAGCCUAUUGUUCGUCCCAUUACAGUACCUUUUAAACGCCGCUUUAAUUACGGGAAAGCUAACUGGGAACAAUACUCGGAGUCCAUCGAUACUGCACUUUUCAAUCUUCCGCCAAUGCCACAAAAUUACGACCGAUUUGUGGACAUUGUAACGACCACAGCAAGAAAAUACAUACCUAGAGGCUGCCGCACAUCUUACAUCCCUGGACUGUCGAAGGAGUCCACAGAGCUGUUAAAGCGAUACGAACAAUCGUUCGACAGAGACCCUUUCUCUGAAGACACUCUGGAACUGGGUGAGAAUCUCCUUUUGGAGAUAAGCGAAGCCCGGCAUGAUAAGUGGAUGGAAACCGUUACCAACAUCAACAUGACACACAACAGCAAAAAAGCUUGGACUACUAUCCGGAAGCUCACCAAUGAAGCUCCACCAGCUGUGUCACCGAGUAAGGUAACGGCCAACCAAGUUGCUCAUCAGCUUAUCGUGAACGGCAAGCCAGAACAUCGGCUUGGCAGAGUCCCAAAAGUGAGAUAUCCAGAGAACACUAGUGACUCAACCAUCUGUCAGCCUUUUAAUCUUGCUGACAUUACUAGUGGAAUAAGGGAGCUUAAGCGCUUCAAAGCCUCUGGAAUGGACAAUAUCUCAGUGGAGCAAAUCCAACACCUAGGCCCUGUUGCGGUGUCGUGGCUGCUGGAGCUGUUCAACAACUGCAUGACAUCAGUAGGGAUCCCCCGCCUCUGGAGGAAAGCCAAAACCAUUGCUAUUCUAAAACCGGGGAAACCUGCUGAUGAUCCUAAAAGCUUCAGGCCAAUUUCUCUCCUGUGCCACACUUUCAAGCUAUUUGAAAGGUUAAUUUUAAACCGCCUUGCUAGCCUGGUCGAUCCAAAGCUGAUACCGGAACAGGCUGGAUUCCGACCUGGAAAAUCAUGCUGCAGCCAGACCCUCAACCUUACCCAGCACAUAGAGGACGGCUUUGAAACCGGCAAGGUGACAGGCACUGUAUUCGUCGACCUUUCUGCGGCUUACGACACCGUCAACAUUAAACGCCUACUGUGGAAGGUGGGCGAACUUACUGGAGACCGUAAAUUUGUCGGGGUCCUUGGUGAGCUCCUCCAGAAUCGCCGGUUCCAAGUACACCUUAGCUCCGAUAAAAAAGUCGUUGGCGAGCCCAAAAGAAUGGCCUACCCCAAGGCAGCGUCCUAG